UAAAACAUCUCCUAUCAUUCAAGGGCUUAAUAUCCAGAAAAAUUAAACAUUUGGAUUUUUUUUUCUUUUUAGUGAGGUCAGCUGGUCUGUGACAGUGACGCAGGAUAAGAUGUGUAAGAGAGGGAGUUUGUAAUGCAAUCAACAGCGAGAUCAGCACGAAACAGAGAAGACACAGCAACAGUUUGAAAACUUAUGAAUGACGUGACGUAAUCAUUAUGGAUUUGAAGGAUUCCGACGGUCUGGAUACAAAUCAACACACGGACUCAAUGGAAAACAGCCAGAAAUCACCCCAAGACCCGCUAGUAGAGAAGAAAGAUGAAGUAGAUCUUGAACACAAAGAGAGGGAGACAUGGGACACGAAGAUUGACUUCCUGUUGUCCGUCAUUGGGUUUGCAGUGGAUCUGGCCAACGUGUGGAGGUUUCCCUAUCUCUGCUACAGAAACGGGGGAGGUGCCUUUUUGAUUCCUUAUGUCCUGAUGCUGGCUUUGGCUGGUAUUCCAUUGUUUUAUAUGGAACUGGCUAUCGGUCAAUAUAAUAAAACCGGUGCAAUUACUUGCUGGGGUCGUUUAUGUCCAUUAUUUAAAGGGAUCGGAUGGGCUGUGGUUUUGAUUGCAUUUUACACAGACUUUUUCUACAACGUGGUUAUAGCGUGGUCCAUACAUUUCCUCUUCUCCUCCUUCACUAGUGAGCUUCCAUGGGCGAAAUGUGGUCACUCGUGGAACACCGAGUAUUGCUAUGAAGGGGAACCACGUGCUGUGCCCAGUAGUGAAAACAUUUCAAACAUUACUUAUGAAGGGACGACUGUGUUUAAUUCAAUAUCUACAUUGAUAGUGAAUGAUAACAUAACAAAUAGUACAAACGUUACAGAAGUGAGGAAAAUUUCACCAGCUGAGGAGUAUUUCAACAAUCGAUUCCUGCAGCUUGACCAGAGUGGCGGUAUAUUUGACGUGGGUUCCAUUAACUGGGAAAUCGCCCUCUGCUUGUUAGCCGUGUACCUCAUUUGUUACUUCAGUUUAUGGAAGGGAAUAAAGAUGUCAGGAAAAGUUGUAUGGUUCACUGCAUUGUUUCCUUACGUGGUAUUGGCCAUUUUAAUGGUCCGUGGAGCAACACUAGAGGGCGCUGGGAAAGGAGUAGAGUACUACCUGACCCCGAACUUCACCAGACUCGCCAGUUCUAAUGUUUGGGUAGACGCGGCGACGCAGGUUUUCUUUUCCUUGGGACCUGGUUUUGGGGUUCUUUUGGCGUAUGCCAGUUACAAUCAAAUCAACAAUAAUGUUUACAGGGAUGCCUUAAUCACCAGCAGUAUAAACUGUAUGACAAGCUUUGUGUCAGGGUUUGUCAUCUUCAUGAUACUGGGCCACAUGGCCGAGACCGCCAAGUUACCCAUAGAAAAUGUUGCUACAGAAGGUCCCGGUCUCGUUUUCGUUGUUUACCCAGCUGCCAUAGCAACUCUUCCUGCAGCACCAUUUUGGUCCAUAAUAUUUUUCUUGAUGCUUUUGACUCUGGGACUGGACAGUUCGUUUGGGGGUUCGGAAGCCAUCAUUACAGCCAUUUCUGAUGAGUUUCCAGUUCUGAGAAAACACAGAGAAGUAUUUGUAGGAGCUCUCUUUUCACUGUACAUGAUAGUGGGGCUGGCAUUCUGUACGCAGGGUGGAGCUUACGUUGUGUCGCUGAUGGACAAGUAUGCGGCGGGUUACUCUAUCUUGUUUGCAGUGUUUUUUGAGAGUUUGGUGUUGUCCUGGGCAUAUGGGGUUGAAAGGUUUUCAAACGAUAUCCAAACAAUGCUUGGACACCCUGCUGGUAUAUACUGGAAAAUCUGCUGGAAAUUCAUAGCACCAUUAUUUAUUUUGUGGAUUAUGAUUUUUGGUCUGGUCCAGUAUACACCUCAUAGUUAUGACAACUACAUAUACCCCUGGGAGGCCAACUUUAUUGGCUGGUGCGUGGCGCUAUCCUCUGUUCUAUGUAUUCCACUAUUUGCAAUAAUUGGAUUCACAAGAGCAAGUGGUUCACCGUCAGAGCGCCUGAAAUUCCUGCUAACACCGACCAAUGAGAAAGGAAGAGAGGCAAUGGCUGGCUACCAUGUAGUUAGGAUGAAUGGGGGAAUGGUUAUUGGUGAAAAGGUGUAGGUCCUGUUGCUGAAAUGUAUAAAUACACUAAGUAGCAAAGACGUGUAUCCCAUGUUUUGUUUUGUAUAUUUCUAGUCUGUAUUCUAGUCAUAAAGAUGUUACUGCUCAUGACUUCUGCGCACUGACAAGAAAUACCUUGAAACAGUUUUAGUAAGAUGGUCCUGUCACAGAAUUCUGUGAAACUGUUGCUUGGCAAUUGACGGUAAGAUUGUAGUAAACGACGUUAAACAGAAUUAUUAUUAGACUGAUAAUAAAGUGAGUUGAGAGAUAGUUUAGGUUACAAAGUAUCAAAUAGUUGUCAUGGGUCUUGACUAAUGGCUGUUUUGUAACAAGAGCAUUGAUUUAUCCAGGUUUUCGUCUUGUUAAAAAGUUUUCAACGGUGAAAUUUUAAGGUACAAGAGAAAAUGUCAUAAUAUUAUCUAAUGUAUACCUCAAUGUUAUUGGCACAUUGUACAUAUUGUUAAGUGCCUUAAUGAUGGAUAAUUUAAAAGAAUUUGCCAUGCACUUACUGAGUUUAAAUUUACUUACAAUAUACCUCAUUGUUUUACCUGUUUUGUAUAAUGGACCACAUACGUUUUUGUUAUGAACCAUAUGUUAGUGGAACGUUGCAAUAUUGACGCACAAUCGGACAGUACACAUGCACUGACUGGCUGCCUGCUUCAGAACACAUAUAUUAUAUAUAAUACUCAUUCUAGAGGUGUAAUAGAUAUGCAUUUAUUAUUAAUAGUCUUAAGUAAUGUUACAGAAUACGAUAUGGUAAAGAUAAAAUCCAUUUUUUUUUGUUUUAAAUAUACAUGCUUAUAGAUAUUGUAAAGCAGGAACUGAAAUGUCAGUCAUAUAUGAUAAUAUAGCAGGUAUCUAGGAAUGAUGGAAUUCAUGCACUUCCAGAUUAUUUCCAAAACAGGUACUCUUGUUUUAUAAAGUGUAGUAUAUCCUAGAAUAUAAAGAACUGUUUAUGUUGUUUUAUGACAGUAUCAUAUAGAGUCAAUAUUACCGGUUUUGUGUAUAUCUGUAAAUUUAAUAUUAAUAUGAUACACUGCAUAGUGUACGUAUUCGUGUUGUCAUGUGAUUUCUGUAUCGUCGGAAGUACACUGUAAAUUCUUGGUCCAUGAUAUUGUGUAUGUAUAAUCUCUUGUACACUGUGAAUAAUCAGCAUGUUUUGAAUAUAUAAAAUGACAAG